UGCCUGGAGGGGUGGGUGCCGGGGUGGGGUUUCGGUUCAGGAGAGGAUGUGACCGCGAGGCCAGGAAACUACGGAAAAGUCCGGAUCAAACACCAGAACAAAGCCAGGUCCUCACCCCCUUUGGCGCCGUGUCCAGGGCGGCCUCGGGGCUUCGGGCUGGGCCAGGGGCCCAGCUGGGCAGAAUUUGCUCCCAAGCACAGGUCAAUGACCUCUGUGACUGCAUCCCCUGCUGGAGAAAAGAGCCGGAACCAGGUGACUCGGUGCCCUCCCACGGCGGCCUGCUGCUCGGGCCGCCGUGGGCCUGAACCCUCCUCCUCUGCUGCCUGCCCAGCCCGAGGCCCCUCCACGGCGUCAGGCCUGGCUGAGGGGAGGCCGCAGCAUGUGCAGCAUGCGUGCUGGUGACAGUGAGGGACAACAGGAGGUGGCCUCUGACCCAUCCUGGCGCCCUGACCGACCCGCUGAGAAGACAGAGAGGGAGUCCCGCCCAGCCCUCGGGGUCCGGUCGGCUCAGCUGAGGAGCCCACUCAGCCAGGGCUGGCACCGUGCCCAACCUGCCGGAGGAGGGCCCGGUCAGACCAUGGCAGAUGUCUGCAGCAGGCCCCCCGACUUCCUCUCCCCUUCUGGAGACCAGACACUGGCGCCAGCCCUGGGCAGUGUGGUCACUCUGAACUGCACGGCCUGGGUGGUCUCUCUGCCCCAUUGUCCUCUGCCCUCAGUCCAGUGGCUGAAAGACGGGCUGCCACUGGGCAACGGCAGCCACCACGGCCUUCACGAGGACUCCUGGGUCGAGGCCAACUCGUCCGAGGUGCUCGUAUCCAGUGUCCUGGGGGUCAACCUGACGGGUGCUGAGGACUACGGGGCCUUCACCUGCUCUGUCUGGAAUGUCAGCUCCUCCUCCUUCACUCUCUGGAGAGCUGGCCCCGCAGGCCACCUGGCGGCCGUGCUGGCCUCGCUGCUGGUCCUGCUGGCCCUGCUUCUGGCGGCCCUGCUCUACGUGAAGUGCCGGCUCAACGUGCAGCUCUGGUACCAAGACAACUACGGGGAGGUGGAGAUGAACGACGGGAAGCUCUACGACGCGUACGUCUCCUACAGCGACAGCCCCGAAGAUCGAAAGUUCGUGAACUUCAUCCUGAAGCCGCAGCUGGAGCGGCAUCGGGGCUACAAGCUCUUCCUGGACGACCGCGACCUCCUGCCCCGGGCAGAGCCCUCCGCCGACCUCCUGGUGAACCUGAGCCGCUGCCGGCGCCUCAUCGUGGUGCUGUCGGACGCCUUCCUGGGGCGGGCCUGGUGCAGCCACAGCUUCCGGGAGGGCCUGUGCCGGCUGCUGGAGCUCACGCGCAGACCCAUCUUCAUCACCUUCGAGGGUCAGCGGCGCGACCCCGAGCAUCCUGCGCUGCUCCUGCUGCGCCAACACCGCCACCUGGUGACCCUGCUGCGCUGGAGGCCCGGCUCCGUGACGCCUUCCUCCGACUUUUGGAAAGAGCUACAGCUGGCGCUGCCGCGGAAGGUGCAGUACCGAACGAGGGAGGGAGACCCGCAGACCCGGCUGCAGGAUGACAAGGACCCCAUGCUGAUUGUGCGAGGCCAGGUUUCCGAGGGUCGGACCCUGGACCCGGAGCUGGACCUGGACCCCGAGGGGGACCUGGGUGUGCGAGGCCCUGUCUUUGGGGAGCCACCAGCUCCACCGCAUGCAAGUGGGGUCUCGCCGGGAGAGGCCCGGGGCAGCGAGGUGGACGUCUCUGACCUUGGCUCCCGCAACUACAGCGCCCGCACGGACUUCUACUGCCUGGUGUCUGAGGAGGACAUGUAACUGGCCCCUCGCCUCCGAUGGUGCCGCAGGAGGCCAGGGACAGCUGGGAGUGGGACCCUGAGCCCUGCCUGCCUGGGGCCCUGGGGCCCUGGGACCUGUCCUCAUGCCAGAAAAAUAAAGUCUUUUUGGACCCUG